AUGUUUGGCCUCAUAUUCGGUCUCACCAUGCCGCUAUUCAUUCCCAAAGUACUCCUUUAUGAACCUGAGGAUAGACAAAGCGAGGCUGGAGAGGAAUCGAAUGAUAGUACAGAGCAAAAAGACGAGGAGUUGAGUGAGGAUGUUGAAUCUCGAGUAAUGAUGAAGAGGAGCCUGACGACAAGCCUGCAAGUGGGAGCGAUGGAGUUUUGGGCGAAGAUAAAGGACUUCUACAUGUCACCGAUCGUGCGAUUUGUCUACCACACGAUUUCCUACGUCCUCUUUCUCGUCCUCUUCAGCUACCUCCUUUUGGUUGACUUCAAAGUUAGAAUAACUGGCGUGGAGUACAUUGUCCUUGCCUGGGUAAUCACGCUUUUCAUUGAAGAAAUUAAACAGGUACAAUUUCCUUUGACUAAAUUUCGAAGGAACAUUGUAGCGAACUGA